AGGCGGGAAACGCGAACGGCGGCCAUGGCGGCGCGGCCGGCGCAGGGGCGCGGCGGGCCGGCGGAGCAGAUCGAGGCGGAGACGCGGAUGCGGGAGGGGCUCCGCAAGCUGCUGGCCGCCAGCACCCGGCGGGACCAAGCCCUGCGCGCCGCCAAGGCCCUGGCUGCCUGCGACGCCCGCCUAAGGGCGCUCCGCGCGGACCUCCGGCGGCGGACCGAGGCGGCGGCGGCGGCGGAGGAGGAGAGAUGUUCAGACUUUGCAGCUAAAGAUCACGUAGCCUGUAGAGGGAAGGUUGGCAUUUCAGAUUUACGAAUUCCGUUGAUGUGGAAAGACUCUGAUCAUUUCAACAGCAAGGACAGAACUGAGCGUUACUCCGUUUUUUGCUUACUCAAAAUAGGAGCUCAGGUGUAUGAUUCAGACUUGCUUGUUGUGGAUAAGGCCGUAACAGACAUAUGUUUAGAAAAUGCAACCAUAUUCGAGGAAGCUGGGCCAGACUUCCAGCUGCAGGUGGAGGUCUACAGCUGCUGCUGUGGGGAGGAUCCCUUGACCCUCGCAAGCACCCCCAGGAAGCUGGUCAAGAAGCUGAAGGCCUCGAUGGGACGAAGCACUGGGAAGAAGUUCAGUUCCGCCUUAGACAAGGGCAGCCUCGAAGCGCUCCUGCUCACGGAAACAGCCGCACCUGGCGUGAAGUGCGGCUUGCUGGCGUUUGCAUCCCUGACCCUGGAGGAUGUGCAGGAGGGCUUCAGCGCCCACAACCUGACCCUCGUGGGAGAUGAGCAAUCUUCCUUUUGGCUCCCGCUGUACGGCAGCAUGUGUUGCCGCCUAGUCGCUCAGCCAUACUGCAUGACCCGGGACAUGAUGACCGGAUUUCUUAACGAACAGCAAUCGGUGGGGACCCUGGUGGCCUGGAGGCGGCGAUUCUGCGUGCUGAGAGGGGGCAAACUUCUCUGCUAUUCUGCCCCCGAAGAAAGAGAGGCCGACGCGGAGCCCGCCUUGUCCGUCUCCAUCAACCGGGAAACCCGAAUUUGUCCUGUGGAUAAAGAGGCUGGGAAAAAGACCAAUAAUUUCUCAGUUAUCAGCCCUGAGGCUGGCAAGGCCACGGCUCGGGUGUUUGCAGCGGAAAGCCGGGAAGACCUUUGUAAAUGGAUGGAGGCUUUCUGGCAGCACUUCAUUGAUUUCAGUCAGUGGAAACACUGCUGUGAAGAAUUCAUGACCAUGGAGAGGAUGUCCCCACGGAAACCACCACUGUUCUCAAGCAAAGAAGCCACUUCGGUUUACCAAGAGCUGAGCAUUGAUUCACCGGGGAAGGCCAACCCUAUCGUUGCUACAGCUCAGUGCAAGACGGAGGAAAGCCGGGGGACCUUGCUUGUCGGCCCGGACGAAGCAGAAGUGCCGGGCAGCUCUUCUCAGAGGCUGAGCAGGGGCAGCCCUGCAGGAGGCCGGGAUGCCGAGGGGACCAGCCGAGGAAGGAAGCCCCCAUCCGGGCCCUGAUCCGCCUCUCCGCAGCACUGCUUUCCCAAGGGCCCAGGGGAGGGCCUCUGCAAGCACUGCCCCUUGCCCCGUGGGCCCUCCCACCCCCUCCUGUUGUUCCUGGUCUUGGAGACCCUCGUCCGGCUCCAAA